GCCUGAGGCCAGCAACGUCUAUGGCUGGUCUUACAGGUAACAGGCUAUGGCACUGUAGUGACUGCUUUUCGUGUUAACAAAAAUAAAUGACAUGUCAGCAAAAUUGCAGAGCUUUGGAAAUGUAGUUUUUAGUAUUAAAAGUUAAUGUGCAGAGUAUGCUCAAUGAAAUAUACAAUAAUUAUUAAGCACUAAACAUGAUUAAAGGCUGAAUGUGAUUCAAAUUUCUUUUUAAAUUAUGGUAACCGAACAAAAAAAUAUGAAUGUUGCAACAGAUUGUCAAUUGGCACAAUCCAAAAACAAAAUCAAACAGCUUAAAAAGAAAAUUAAGACUCAAAAGUCCGAAAAGAAGUAUGAAAGAAAUGAUCAAGAUAUUAAAUGUAACCAUGAUCCGAUUGAACAAAAAUUAACCAACGAACAAAAACAAGAUAUUUUUAACAAUUUCAAGAUUAGUAUAGAAAUUAAUGUUUUGGCAGUAAUACUCUUUCUGUCAGCAGUAUCAUCUAGGUUUUUCAAAUUAAAUCAACCCCAAAAUGUAGUAUUUGAUGAACUACAUCACGGAAAAUAUGUAAGUUUGUAUAUGAAACGAACAUUUUUCUUUGAUACACAUCCGCCUUUUGGGAAACAACUUAUAGCUGCUAUAGCAUACUUAUGUAAUUAUGACGGUAAUUUCAAGUUUGAAAGAAUUGGAAAUGAUUUCAAUGAUAGUGUUCCUUUAUUUGGCUUGCGGUUUGUACCAGCACUAUGUGGUAGUUUAAUUAUUCCUGUUGCGUAUCAACUUAUGUUGGAACUAGGUUGUCGACAUUGGUGUGCAGCAUUAGCAGCAUUUCUUUUGCUAUGUGAAAACACAUUAUUAACACAAUCUAGAUUUAUUUUGAUGGAGUCUAUUCUAAUAUUUUUCUCACUGUGUGGUCUGUUGUUUAUAUUGAAGUAUAAAAGACUCAACAUGAAAUCGUCAGUUGCCUUAUUAUAUUUAGCAAUAGCAUCUAUUUGUUUAACUAUGGCUACGUGUGUCAAAUAUGUUGGAUUAUUCUCCUGGUUUUUGAGUUUAUGGAUAAUUUGUAGGGACUAUUGGGUUAACCAUUUAGGCGAUAGACAUUUAUCAGAUAUUACUGUAGCCGCAUGUGCUUUUCUACGGUUUUUUAUUACUUUUACCAUGUCAGUAUCGAUCUAUUUUUCAAUAUUUUUUAUUCAUCUCAUAAUUUUAAACAAAGCUGGCCCACAUGACAGUGUUAUGACAAGUGCAUUUCAAGCUAGUCUAGAGGGUGGCUUAGCUUCAAUUACUAAAGGCCAACCUAUGUAUGUUGCCCAUGGGUCACAAAUUACUUUACGUCAUACUCACGGUCGCACGUGUUGGCUUCAUUCGCAUACCCAUGUGUAUCCAAUUAAGUAUCCAGAUAAACGUGGAAGUUCCCAUCAACAACAAGUCACAUGUUAUACGUUCAAAGACGUAAACAAUUGGUGGAUUGUUAAAAGACCAAACAAAAAUUCAUUAGCUGUAGAAGACACCAAAGAACCUGAUAGUAUUCAGCAUGGAGAUGUUAUACAGUUAGUACAUGGUAUGACAAGUCGAGCUUUAAAUUCUCACGACGUUGCUGCUCCUGUAUCACCACAAAAUCAAGAAGUAUCAUGUUACAUAGAUUACAAUGUGUCUAUGCCAGCUCAGAAUUUGUGGAAAGUAGAAAUAGCAAAUCGAGAUCAAUAUGGGGAUAAAUGGCAAGCAAUCCAUUCACAAGUGGUUUUGGUUCAUGUUAAUACCACACAAGCUUUGAAAUUCAGUGGUAGACAAUUACCCGAUUGGGGAUUUAAUCAACAUGAAGUUGUUACUGAUAAAGUGUUGUUUCAAGAUGAUGCAGUUUGGAAUGUUGAAGAACACCGUUAUACUAAAAGUGAAAAUGAAAAAGAAAGAGAGCGUGAACUAGUCACUGCUGAAAUGAUUCCACCAAAAGGAACUCAACUGGGAUUAUGGGACAGAUUUUGGGAACUACAAUACAAAAUUAUCUUCUCAUCUCCAACAGCCCAAAACGUCCAUUCUCACAUGUAUAGCAGUGAUCCUUUUGAGUGGCCAUUGAUGGUCAGAGGUGUUGCUUACUGGUUAAGCGAACACGACAAUGGUCAAAUACAUUUAUUAGGAAACAUUAUUAUUUGGUACUCAUCUACUUUAUGUCUGUUUCUGUACAUAUCAUUUUUCAUAUUUUAUCUACUACGACAACAAAGGCAGAUAUAUGAUUUAUCUAAUGACGAAUGGGAGCAAUUUAAAACAAUUGGGGAAGUAUUAGCAAUCGGUUAUGGCCUACAUUAUUUUCCAUAUUUCUUUGUGGAUCGUACGCUAUUUUUACAUCAUUACUUGCCUGCUUUGAUUUUUAAAAUUUUACUUUGUGCAGCGUUCAUACAACAUUUAGCCAACAUUGUGAAAUCAAAAUUUAUGUUGAGGAUCAUAUUUCACUUGGGACUGUGUAUAUGGAUUUUAAGUGUUAUGUAUGUUUUCAAAAAGUUUAUUGUUUUUAGUUAUGGGACAACUCCUUUGUCGUCUAAAGAUGUUUUCAGGCUGCGGUGGAAAGACACAUGGGAUUUUAUAAUACAUAAACCUUAAUUAGAACGCUAUUGCUACUAAAAAUAUUAUGGUUUCAGUACAAACUGCCUAUGAACAAAAUAUACAAAAGUAAUAUAUCCCUAGUUGAGACAUCUAUUUUUAUUACAUUUAUAUGGUGUAAAAAUGUAAUAUUCUAAUUAGUAUUAAUAUAUAUUUUUUUAUCAAUUAAUUUAAUUUGAUAAGAAAUAUUUAAAAAACAAACCUUUUAAAAUUGACCAAAUUUUAUAAAAAAAAAAAAACAAAUUGUUAAAAUGUACUACUUAUAUUAACUACUUAUUAAUUUGGCUUAAUAUACUUUCUGAUAUAAAUAUAUUACUUAAAGGUGCAAGAUUAUUUUUUUAUUACGCAAUGUAUAUCUAGGAAUGUAAUUCAUUAAUUAAGAAGUGUAAUAUGUAAUUAUUAUUAUCAAUAAUCAGUAUUAUACUUAAUGGAAAUCAUGACAAUUUUAUACAACAUAUGGACUGUUUAAGAGUAAGAUUAUGUGUUAUUUAAGAUAGUAGAAUAUGCAUUGUUGUAAAUUC